AGGCAAGAGACACCACCGGAGGUGCAGGAUUAAAGCAGCGGCACCCAGCCUGCAGUUGCACACGCAACAGCAACAGCAACAGCAAAAUUCAUCAUAAUAUUAAGUACCCAGUCCGGGCGAUUCCUCCCAAUUCAUGCGCUGCACCCAAUCACUGCCACUCACUGCUUUCCCUUUCGCAUUGAAGGCGUCGAUACUACUCUCUCGUCACAAGUCUCGGAGCUUUAACUGGCCUUCCCUCAUCGAUUGCUGCUGUGUCAAGCUCACUGGUGUAGCUGCUGCCGCUGCGCUGUGUCGUGCCCCGUUUCUCACCGAAGUGGUUGCACUCUGGCAUUUACUGGUCUGUUGGUGCUGGCAUUGUGGGUCAGGAUUGCGAUAAGCUGGUUGUGGAGUGGCGAUGUUUGGUUUCUGCGGGGUUCGUGUUCAUGAGGAAUAUUGGCGCUUGUUUAGCGGAGCUCGUUGUGAAGGUCGGUGACAGAUUAAGGGCGUCGUUGGUGGGAAUUGCACUGUUCGGCAGAGAUUAUGAAGCUUUAGCAGCCGUCGAGAAGAAGUUGUUGGAAGUGUCUCCAACUCUUGAACACUUUUCUAGCGUGAGACACGAUACACGGCUGGUUUUUAUUAUUGCCUUCGUUUGAUCAGCAACAAAAUAUAAGCAAUGGCGUCCAGGGGGCUCCUGGAAUCGCCAAUGCGCAUCGCCGCAGCAUCCUCAUCUUCGUUCGCCGGAAGGCUGAAGCUUGAAGAGGGCAGCCAGCCAUUAAACUUGAAAUCAACUGUGCGAAGGCGGAAGUCGCUAAAGAUGAGCAUGACCGCUUCUCUUCCUAGAGAAAAGCAAGAAGCUCAUGUGAAUACCAUCCUUAGGGAUGAUGCGGCGUCAUACCGGCUGCGGACACGACAAGUUGAGCACAUCCCAGUGGAAAAUCUGGAGGUGAUCGCGGCGAUGGAUUCCUGGGCGCAGGAGAACCUUCUCCCUCUCUUGAAACCCGUCGCAAAGUCAUGGCAACCGCAGGACUUUCUCCCGGACAGCUCCUCCGAGAGCUUCCUGGAGGAAGUGCGGGAACUUCGAGAGCGAGCGAAGGAGCUCCCCGACGAUUACCUGGUCUGUCUGGUAGGCGAUAUGAUCACCGAAGAAGCGCUGCCGACAUACCAAACGAUGUUCAACACAUUCGAGGGCGUGCGAGACCAAACGGGGUGCAGUAAUACUCCGUGGGGGUUGUGGAUCCGCGCAUGGACAGCGGAAGAGAAUCGCCACGGCGAUCUCUUAAAUCGCUAUCUCUACCUCUGCGGCCGAGUGGACAUGCGCAUGGUGGAGAGCACCACCCAGUACUUGAUCGGGUCCGGCAUGGAGCCCCAAAUUGACCAAAACCCCUACAACGGAUUCGUCUACACGUCUUUCCAAGAGCGCGCGACCUUUAUAUCCCACGGCAACACUGCCCGCCACGCCAAGCAAUUGGGCGAGCACAAGCUGGCCUCCAUCUGCGGCACCAUCGCCGCAGACGAGAAGCGGCACGAGAUUGCCUACAGCCGCAUCAUGAGCAAGAUCUUCGAGCUCGACCCGAACGGCGCCAUGCUCUCCUUCCAGGACAUGAUGAAGAAAAAAAUCACCAUGCCUGCGCACCUCAUGUAUGAUGGGGCGAAUCGCAGCCUCUUCGACGACUACGCAUCAGUCGCCCAGCGUUGCGGCGUCUACACAGCCCUGGACUACGCCUCCAUUAUGAACCAUUUAAUUAAGGUCUGGAAUGUCGAAUCCUUGACAGACCUGUCCAGCGAAGCCCAGCAGGCGCAAGAAUUUGUGUGCCAGCUGCCCGCGCGCAUCCACAGGCUGGCGGAGCGAUCCCAGAGCCGGGCGAAGAGGGACAGUCCUCGUCGAAAGCCCUUCAGCUGGAUUCACCGCAGAGAGGUUGAUUUACUGUAACCAGGCCCAACUUGGGCUUUUACCUCGGCAGCUUCAUCACAUGCUUCAAAAACUGGAUUCAACUAGGCUCUUAUCUUUGCAGAAUUGCUACAUCUGAAGCGAAACAUACUUGAGGCUGUGUACAUAAUAUCUGUGCUUGUGGCUCGCUUUACAUGACGAGGUGGAAUUUUAUCUGAACAGUAUGGUUUCGGAAGGAAUGGUGUGAUCUAGAAAUCAUCAACUAUACUAUAGAGCACAACGUUUUCGAAGAGGUCCAGAGUGGAUUUCUUUGCAUUGAUGCCUAUGCUAGUUGGGAUGACAUCUCAUAUAUAUUAUGUCAUUUUCAUACUCUAGAUACCAAUCAAAUUGUUGUGAGCAUGGGUGAUGUGUCAAGUGAGUCCUCAGCCUUUAAGUUGGUUGAAUGAGUGAGUGGAUGUGGAGGCCUGGGCCCUGCAAACGAAUAAAUUGAAUAUCCAAUUGAUGGUUUCUCUGACCUAAUAAAAUCUGAUUCGUGUGUGGGGUUAUUCACUCUACAAAUUUAAAAGUAA